UUUUGAAGAAAACAAGGAGAAAUGUGACACUGAAAGUACGUGAAAAUGAAAAGGAGCCGCUAUUUUUCCGACAUUGAAAUGUGUAUUCAGGCUCGUGAGGCCCUGGAUAGGGAAUUAGGGGCAGAAGAGGUGAUGGAACAAUCUGAGGAAGAGGAUUUCUCUGAUGAGGAAAUGGAAUACCACGGGGAAAGUGAGGAGAGUAUUUUCGUUGAAGAUGAAAAGGACGACGAUGACGAGGAAGAAACAGAUCCUCUGGCCGAAGCGCCCCCAAGUCCGACUGAGAUCUCUACAGAUUACUCCAUCAUCGCUGAGGCUAUUCCUCCUGGAACAAUAUUGAAUGUACCUGCUGAUUACAUGAAUCUUUAUUUGAGGGAUAUCAUUAGUAUUGUGACAAUUCAUACUAAUGCUGAAGCAGAACGGGAGGAUUCUACAAAAGGAACAUCAGCUUCAUGCUCUUGGAAGCCAAUUGAUGCAGAAGAGAUGUCAGCAUUCAUCGGACUUUUGUUCCUUGGUGGCGUUCGUCACAUGAAAGAUGAUUCCAUUGCGAUGAUUUGGGAUAAGUGUCACGGCAAUAACAUGUUCAGAGCCGCAAUGUCACAGAAUCGAUUCAAGCAAAUUCUCCGCUUUCUUCGCUUCAGUGACGAAAGUUCUGAUGACAAUCUCUUUGUUGCGGAUAAACUAGACCCCAUCAGAGAAGUGUGGGAAGUCUUCAACGAGUCCUUGAGUCGAUAUUUUCAACCUGGAUUGAAUCUCACUGUCGACAAGCAGUUUGUGAACUUCAAAGGUAAAUGUUCUUUCCUUCAAAAUAUGCAUCAUAAGUCGGGCAAUUACGGGAUGAUAAUUUAUUGGAUCAAUGAUUCCUCCACGGGAUUUCCAUUGAAAGGAUUUCCUUGCAUUGAGAAUGUGAAGAACAGAGCUACAAGUUUUGGACAUACUGCUAUUGUGGAUUUGGCAGGACAGUAUUUCAACAGAAAUAUUACAUACGACAGGAAAUUGUCCUCACCGAAAUUGGAGCAAAAGUUGGAGAAGAAGGGCUUAACAAUUCGCACAAUCACCAAGAAACGAGAAAAAGUCCUUCCAGUAAAAAAACAAGCGAAAAUGGGGAAGAAAGCAAAUCAUUUGACACAAAUGAAUAACUUGAAAACUGGAACCCAACUCAUGAAUGAAAUGGUAAACAAAUAUUCGUGCAAGAGAUCUUCUCGCAAAUGGACAUUCAGAUUUUUCUGUAACAUAUUAGACGUGGUCGGGGUAGCGGCCUUUCUGUUGUAUCGCAUAAAUAAUUCAGAACAGAGUAAAUACCCAUUGAAGCGGAGUCAGAGGUCCAGCUUUUUGCUUGAGGCGGCAGAAGGUCUGAUUUCGCCGGCAAUCAUGAAAUACAAGCCCAGUUUUAAUAUAUCAGUGCUGCAAUCGACCAACAUUGAUGAGAUAAAACAAGAACCAAUUGACUCAAAUCAAUCGCAGCCACAAGAUUGUCUGCAAAGAAUUUCAAUUGCAGAUGAUUCAAGUGAAUCAAAGCCACAAGAUCUUCUGCAAAGGAUUUAUUCGACUGAAGGCGAUUCAAAGGAGGAGUCAAAGAGAGGAAAGUGCUGUGUAUGCCAAUUUCGAACGAGGAAGUAUUGCAAGAUUUGUGGAAAUCACGUGUGCCCCAAACACCUGAUUGAGUCUUGCAGUUUAUGUGCGAAGUAA